AGAGCCAGCAGGUUGUCCCCCAGGCACCGGCAAGAUUUUUAUUCUGGAAUCGGUCUAGUAUUGCUGAAGACAAGGGAGGGCCAAAGAGGAUACACCCAAAAAAGUCUGGCCAUAAAAGAGGCCACUGUGGCUCUACAGAGCAAUGAGUAUCCCUCAUCGUCAGGGAUCUCUGUCUUGAUAAGUAUCGUCAUCCUCGCAUUCAGGAGUGGCUCCUGCAAGCCUGCUGACAUGAAAUCUCACCUUCUCAUGCUCGCUGCCAUCAUUGCUGCAUCCUACCUGCAGCGUGUGAUGCCAGCCAGCCUCAAUGAAACAACCUAUUUGGUGACUGUCAGCUCCCAUCUGACAGCAGGAAACAAGGAGACCUUGUGCGCUCUGAUCCAAACCCCUACAGAGCCCGUCACCUUGACCAUCACCCUGGAUGUGGACUCUUCCAGUACGAAGAUUGGGCAGCUGUCUUUUAAAACUGAAAUCUACCGCUGCUUCCAGUUUCUGGUCCCUAUAGUGUCCAGCACAACUGUGGCAUCCAUCAGUGUGAAAAUUCAGGGUAAGAUGGACUCACUCAACCAGGAGACCAAAGUCCUGAUAGAACCUCCUGCUUUUGUCCACAUUGUCCAGACAGACAAACCCAUCUACAAGCCUGGACAGACCGUUCAGUUCCGGAUUGUCUCCAUGGAUACCAACUUUAUUCCCGUCAACCGCAUGUAUAAAGAAGUCACAAUUGAGGAUCCCAACUCAAACCGCAUCGCUCAAUGGUUGGACAAGUCCAUUGACGGAGGCAUUCUUGACCUUUCUCACCCCACCAUUCCUGAAGCUGCACAAGGAAUCUACGUGAUAUCUGCUGAGACGGACAAAGGAGAAACGAUUUCCCACAACUUUGAGAUCAAAGAAUAUGUUUUGCCAAAGUUUGAAGUGACUGUAAACCUGCCCAGUGUGAUCACCAUCCUGGAUGAUGAAGUAACACUGAAGAUCUGCGGAAAAUACACCUAUGGGAAACCAGUUCUGGGCUCAGUCAAAGCUGAGUUUUGCAGACGCGCGAACCAGUUUUUUUGGUUGCCGCCCCCAAAACAGGAUGACAUCUGCAAGACAUUUGAACUUUCUACGGAUAAAAGUGGAUGCGCCACACAAAACGUAGCCUUGGCAGGCUUUGCCAUAAAUGCAUACAACUAUUUUGACUCAUUUGAGGUGACGGCUGAACUAGAGGAGUUUGGUACAGGUGUCAUUCUUAAGGCCAGUGGAAGUGCCAGCUUCACCACUCAGAUCAGAACCGUCUCCUUUGAGGACGUCCCCUCUUCUUACAAGCCAGGCCUCCCGCUUAAGGGAAAGAUCAAAGUGACUGGUGCAGAUGGCAGUCCCAUCGCAAACCAAGCAGUCUACUUGUAUGUUGUAGACUCACUAGAAUCCACCCUCUAUACAGAUCAGAAAGGAAUCGCUGUGUUUUCUCUGGACACAUCCUCGUGGUCGGAAUCAGUCUCUCUGUCGGCAACCACCAUAAUAAAAGGAAAAAAUGAACAAACUGUUCCUGAAGUACGGUUUCCUGACUAUGGGACGGCCUACCAGUAUGUUACAAGAUUUUAUUCCCAGAGCAAGAACUUUGUGGGGUUCAGUGAGAACAGCGUGGAUAUACCAUGCGACAAAAAUGGAUUCCUGCUGGCUCAAUACAUCAUCCAGGGGGAGGAUCUACAGAAAGGGCAAAGGUUUCUUAACUUCUAUUACCUGGUGGAGUCCAAAGGUUCGAUUGUGCAGCAGGGCACUGUCCAAGUGGCGGUUAACCAGAGAACAGUCAACAAAGGAACGAUAAAGAUCCCCCUCACCAAUGUCAUCAACCUGGCUCCAAUUGCCCAGGUGGUGGUUUACACCAUAGUGUCAAGUGGAGAAGUUGUUGCAGACAGCAGGGACUUCCCCAUUCAGCUUUGCCUCAACAACAAGGUGUCCUUGAAGUUCUCCGCUGUACAGGAGCUUCCAGGAGCAAAGACCACAUUGACUCUGCGGGCUCAGCCCAGCUCCCUCUGCUCUGUCAGAGCCAUUGACCAGAGCGUCCUCCUUCUCAAGUCAGAGGAGGAGCUCACGGUUGACUAUGUCUACAACCAGCUGCCCAUCAAGAAAAUGUGGGGAUAUGACUAUCAGGUUGAGGACGACUCCUCCAAUCCCUGCUUUCCUAGACCAUGGCCAAGACCGAUUCCACUGGAGCCCGAAAUCCUGCUCAGAGAACGUCGUGAUAAGCGUUCACGGAUUUUGCCCUUUUAUGAGGGUGAUGAUGUUUACACCAUCUUCAAGAACAUUGGAAUCAAAAUUAUUACAAACUCUGAUGUGAGAGCACCCAGACCUUGCUUCUUUGACUUGGAAUUUGCUAGGCCUUUAGCGAUUAAUGCUGCUAAUUUAGAGUCAGUGAUGAAUGAGCCAGUGCCAGCCCCAGCCCCAGAGGGACAGAAAACGGAGACCAUAAGAACAUAUUUCCCUGAAACCUGGAUCUGGGACCUGGUUUCUGUGGGAUCCAGUGGAUCGACCAGUUUGGUGAAGACCGUCCCUGACACCAUCACUAAGUGGGCAGCUGGAGCUUUCUGUGUGUCUCCUGCAGGCUUUGGCGUUGCUCCCAACGUUGGACUAACAGCCUUCCAGCCUUUCUUUGUCAGCCUCACUCUGCCCUACUCCGUCGUCAGAGGAGAGGUGUUCACUCUCAAAGCCACAGUCUUCAACUACCUCCCCAAAUGCAUCAUGGUGAAGGCAACUCUGGCCAAGUCUGAUCAGUUCACCUUCAAGAACUGUGACGGCUGCGUCUACAGCAGUGUGUGUCUGUGUGCAGAGGAGAGCAAGACCUUCUCCUGGAUCGUGACGCCAACUGCUCUAGGUGAUGUGACUCUGAAGGUUAGCGCUGAGGCUGAGAGGAGCAACAAGAAAUGUGGCACAGAGGUGGUCACAGUCCCCACCGUGGGUCACGUCGACACUGUAAUUACCACGCUGCUGGUAGAGGCUGAAGGAGUCCCACAGAUGGUCAGCCACAACGCUCUCCUGUGUCCUGCAAAAGGACCAGUGAGUAAGAAAAUCUCUCUUGAGCUUCCUGAAGAUUUUGUGAAUGGAUCAGAAAGAGCCUCUGUGUCUGUUGUGGGUGAUCUGAUGGGCCGGGCCAUGAAGAACCUAGACAAACUCUUGGCCAUGCCGUAUGGCUGUGGAGAACAAAACAUGUUGCUGUUUGCUCCGAACAUCUUUAUCCUCGACUAUCUGAAGAGCACUGGUCAGCUGAAAGAGUCAACUCGGAAGAUGGCUGUAGGAUACUUGGAGAGCGGAUAUCAGAGGGAGCUCAAUUACAAGCGUGAUGAUGGUUCCUACAGCGCUUUUGGAAUGAGUGACCCAUCUGGAAACACCUGGCUUACUACUUUUGUCAUGAAAUCCUUCAACGCUGCAAAACAGUACAUCUUUGUGGACCAGACGUACAUCGAAGAUGCCAGAACUUGGCUGUCUGGACUCCAGAAGCCUGAUGGCUGCAUUCAGUCUGUUGGGAAACUCUUCCACAACGGCAUGAAGGGGGGAGUGAGUGAUGACGUCUCCCUGACAGCCUACGUUGCUGCUGCCAUGCUGGAGCUGGACGGAAAUGCCACUAAUCCAGUGGUUCAGAACUGCCUGAAAUGUCUGAGAACUGCAGUGUCGGGUAAAAUAACCAAUCUGUACACCGUCGCCCUGCUGUCCUACACAUUCACCCUGGCUGGAGACCAGGACAUGAGGAGCAAACUCAUCACCCUCCUGGACCAGAAGUCCAUCAAUGAAGGAGGUACUCGUCACUGGAAGAGAGAUGGUGCUCCUGAAACAGACCUGGACUCAGUGGAGGUGGAGAUGACAUCCUAUGUGCUCUUGGCUCUGCUUUCUGGUCCAUCUCUGCCAGGCUUUGGUUUGGAUUAUGCCGCCGGCAUCGUGCGUUGGCUCGCUCAGCAGCAGAAUCCGUUUGGUGGCUUCUCGUCCACGCAGGACACAGUCGUGGCCCUCCAAGCUCUGGCCAAGUAUGCUACUGCCACCUUCAGUCCGGAAGGCAGUACUACAGUCACAGUGACUUCAGUGGGUGGUCUGAACAAACGCUUCACUGUGAAUAAGAACAACAGACUGCUUUAUCAAGAGGAGAAACUGACUGAGAUUCCUGGAGAGUACACAAUUAAAGCUGAGGGUCAGAGCUGUGUGCUGGCACAGAUCUCUUUGUUCUACAACAUCCCCCCUCCUUCCGACUUUUCUGCCUUUGAAAUCUCUACCAACACUAGGGGUCGAUGUGACAUUCCCCGACCAGAGUUCACGCUCUUUGUGCAAGUCAAGUUUCAGGGCAGACGAGAGGAAACCAACAUGGUGGUGAUCAACAUUAAGCUGCUGUCUGGUUACAUUCUGCAGGACAACUCUUUGAAAAUGCUGAAGGAAAACCGCUUGGUGAAGCGUGUGGACGUAGAGGAAGGUUACAUCAACAUCUAUCUGGACGGGUUAAAGAAGGGUCAGAAAGAAACUUUCAAUGUGAUCCUGGAGAAGGAUCAGCAGGUCGGAAACCUGAAACCAGCCGUGGUCAAAGUCUACGAUUACUAUCAGACAAGUGAUGAGGCGGUCACUGAUUACACUUCUCCCUGCAAUAAGUGAAAGCUCUGACAUCCAUCUCCUAGUGAGACGUGAUGGAGUUACAGCCCUGGAGGAAGUGUUUAAACAAAAUAAGAAAAGCACAUGGAAAUACCGUAAAAAAUACAUGUCAUCCUGUUGUGAAGAAGUAACAGCAGUAACAAAGUUGAAAUCUUUUUGGUGAACAGGGUGCGUUUUUUCCUUUUUGGGUUGUUCUUUUAAGCCUCUUUCUUUUUUGUCAUUUCCUUUUUAGACGUUGUGUGAUGUGCUGGCCUUUUAAGCUUUUUUCUGCUAGGAGUCAAAACCAGCAGUUGGUGUCUGUUGUUAAGUGUUUGGUGGAAGGUUUGUCUCAUCAGUAACAGCAUUCACUGAUAUGCUGUGUUCAAUAUUUCUCUUGCUUCCACAUUUUUUGGUGGUCCAACUUCAUCUGUUUCUGUGGAAAUAUUUGAAUAAAAACCUUUGAGCAAAAA